AUGGAUGAUAUCGAGGAUCGGCUGCGCAGCCAUGCGCAAGCAUUCGACGGGCUGCUGUCCUUAAUUCCCGCCAAAUACUACUAUGGUGAUGAGAAUACCGACGAUCAAUGGCAACGGAAAAAGCAGACGAAGGAACAAGCCCGCGAGGCUAAGCGGGCAAAGCUUGACCCCGAGGCCGCCGACAAGACCGCCAAGGAAAUCAUGGACGAAAAUGCUCGCAAGCGCAAGCGUGAGGAUGGCACUCUCGAGUCUGAUGAGUCCGACGGAGAACUGGGCUCUGAAAAUCCCAAGGAGGGGUUGAAGCGAGGCGAUGCCAAGACCAAGAAGCAAAAGCAGACAGAAAAGUCCACUGCUGCCAAGUCAGAGGAAGCUGAAGCCCGCAAGAAGCUGAAGGAGGAGAAGAAGGAAAAAAAGAAGAUUGCUCAAAAGGAAAAGAAGAAGGCCAAGGAAACCGCCAGGAAAGACAAGCAGAAGCCUGAGGAAAAAGCCGAGGAAAAGCCCGCUGAGAAGAAGACUGAGAAGAAGUCUGCUUCAAAGUCUAACGGUGUUGCCGAGCAGCCCGAAGAAUCUGAUAAUGAAGACGGUGACGAUCUCGAUGACGGUGUCGAAGAGCCAGGUUUCUCUCUCGAGUUCCACGAGGAGCCCGAAGACCCUUCCUCCGCCUCCUCUACCCGCAAUUCUCCCGAUGCCUCCAAUCCUCAGUCCGGUAGCUCCUCCAUCUCCUCUAUUGUUCCUCCCUCCGCCGACACAGAUGCCAAAUCAUCGGAACCCAAGGCCCUCAAGGCCACACCAGAAGAUCUCAAGCAACGCCUGCAAAAGCGUCUUGAUGAAUUGCGAGCCAAGCGCCAAGCGGAUGGCCUCAACGGCAAGCCUGCACGCAACCGCCAAGAGCUCAUCGAGGCCCGACGCCAAAAAGCCGAGCAGCGUAAAGCACACAAGAAGGAGUUGCGACAGAAGGCCAGAGAAGAAGAUCAGUUGAAGAAGGACGAGGCCAUGGCCCGUCGUUUCUCACCCGGUGGCUCUGGAUCUCUCCUAGCUUCUCCCCGCUCCCCUGCAGAGUCUGUCGGAUCCCCCAGCAACAACUUCUCUUUCGGCCGUGUCAUCUUCGCUGAUGGUCAGCAAACCGAUGCUUCACUGACAAACGCACGUGAUGGGCACAAGUCCCGUGGCCCUACCGAUGCCGCCGCCCAGCUCAAGAUGGCUGAGGCCAAGAAGGCUCGUCUCGAGGGCAUGACCGCAGAGCAACGUGCCGACGUUGAGGAGAAGGACUCCUGGCUGAACGCUAAGAAGCGUGCCCACGGCGAGCGUGUUCGCGACGACACCUCCCUUCUCAAGAAGGCGCUCAAGCGCAAAGAGACCGCCAAGAAGAAGUCCGAGCGUGAGUGGAAGGACCGUCUCGACACCGUCACCCGCAUGAAGGACCAGCGUCAGACCAAGCGCGAGGAGAAUCUCCGCAAGCGUAAAGAAGAGAAGAACAACAAGGGCAACAAGAGUAAGAGCAAGAAGCCCGCCGCUGGCAAGAAGAAGGCCCGUCCCGGUUUUGAGGGAAGCUUCAAGACCAACGGAGGUGGUAAGAAGAAAUAA